UUAAGAUAUAAUUCACCAGAUAUUCUUUUACAAGCAGUUAUUUCAAUUUUACAUUCAUGUGUAUUUUUUGAUGAUGUUAAAAUUUUAGUAUUUAUAUUAUAUUCUGUUAAAAAAGCUAUUACAAUUUUAGAAUCACGUUCAUAUAUUCUUGCUAAUUGUUUUUGUGAAUUAAUUUAUCUUGGUGUAUCUAUUAAUAAGUUAUCUUUAAAUAAUCAUUCUAUUUUUCAUAAGCAAUGUAUUAUAAUCUUUAAUAAGAGAGAACUUUUAUUAGCAGCAGAUGACAUUUUUAAAAAAAUAGGUAAAUCAAAUAUUUUAAGACAUAGUUUCCCUAAAGGUAAAGAUUAUUUGGUUCAAUUAGCAUUAAAAUUAUUUUCAAUUGUUUUACAUGCUGCUGGAUGUGAACAAUUACCAUAUUUUGAAGUAGAAAAAACAAAUUCUGAAGUUUUUGAAAUUUUAAUUGAUGAAUAUUUAAAUCUAGAUGAAGAUGAUUUUGUUGAAAUUACUGAAGUUGAUUUAAAUGAAAGUGAAGAAAAUACUAAUUUAAGUGAAGAAUCAAAUUUAUUAUUAAAUAAUAUUCUAAAUUUAGAUAAAUUUGAAAAUGAAUUUGAAGAAGAUGAUCUUAGUAUAGAUGAAGAUUAUUAUGAUGAAUAUAGAGAAGAAACUUUUUUAGCAAAUCAAUUACAAGAAGAUAUUGAUUGGAAUCCAAUUGAAGAAGUAGAAAAAAUAAUUGAAAAU